AAUAAUAGAAGCGAAACAUGAAUUUGUCCGUACAGAAUGCUAUUAUUAUGAUAAUAAAAUUUAUGACGAUUUUUUCGUAUUUAUUCCGUACGACAAAUACUACACACGCAUGAAUGCUGGCUAUAACAUUCUUAUAAUCGGUAUAGAGAGUAUGUCACGACUGAAUUUUAAAAGAACUAUGCCAUUAACAUCGAGAUUCCUAAAGGAUAGAGGUAGUAUUCAAAUGCUUGGUUAUAAUAAAUUAGGUUACAAUUCAUUUCCUAACUUAUUUCCAAUACUAACGGGCAAAUCAUUCAAGAAUGUAACUCAUGAAUGUAAAACUGGUAAUGUUAUAAAUACAAAUAAAUGUCAAUUCAUCUGGGAUGCGUUUAAAAUCGCUGGAUACAAAACUAUCCUCGGAUCUGACAGUAUUGCUGGACUUCUUGGAACAUACGAAUACAGCUUGAAGAAGAUACCAACAGAUUUCUAUUUACAGCCUGUCAUGUUUGAAAUUGGGAAUUUGUUUCAACAUAAAGAUUAUAAUUUUCACGCUUGCUUCAAUAACAAAUACUUUUAUAAGGUUCUUCUAGAUUAUAUUGAGGGUAUUACAAAGCAUUUAAAGUCAACGAAUUGGUUUGGUAUGUUUUGGGAAGAAUCGGUAAGUCACGAAGACAUAGAUUUACCAACAAUAAUGGAUAACGAUUAUGUUCAUAUGCUUGAAAACUUAAGUGAUUACUUAAAUGACACGGUUUUAAUCUUUUUAAGCGACCACGGUAUGCGUUGGGGGAAAUUAGCGAAGACAAAAAAUGGACGACAAGAAGAACGUCUGCCACUACUUGAAGUAUUAUUUCCUAAACGGUUUCAAAAUGAAUAUCCAAUUGCAUUCAAUAAUUUUAAAGUUAACAGUAAUCGCUUGAUUACGCCUUAUGAUCUACACGAAACUCUGUUAGAUCUUACCAAAAUCGAUAAUUUGCAAAACAGUAAUUUAUCAAGGAGAUUAAAUCUAGUUAAUUCCAAGACAAAUAAAAGCAGUCUGUUUCUGCCUAUAUCAGAAAAAAGAACUUGUCCAUCCAUCGGCAUUGAAGAUCAUUGGUGUACAUGUUCAUUGGGACAACGAAUUAAAAUUACCAAAAAUAUCAGACUUUCGGCAUCCCGAUACCUAGUCAGCCACAUUAACAAGCUGUUAAGUGCAUACCCACAAUGUGAUAGACUAUCUUUGAAACAAAUAAUAAACAUUAAUGCGGUACAAGCCGAAAAAGACAAAGGCAAGAUUUUCACAAUUAUAAUAUUGUUAACAUGA